CCUUUCCGUGUACCAUCCAUAGCCUGCCCCGCAACUCGACACUGUCGCCACACAUCGUCAUGGCGACCAUGAUGACCUUCACCCUCACACAUCGUUCUCAGAAGUAUACUCUCACCCUGCCGUCUUCAGCUUUGGUGUCCUCCAUCCGGCAAGAGAUUCACUACCUCACGUCAGUGCCGCCAUCGAAUCAGAAGCUCCUUCCCAAGCCGGCAAAGGGCGUAACUCUCACCCCUGCAGCAACGACUGAUGUCAUGACUCUGCAAGAGGCAGGCUUGAAAGAUGGCAUGUCCAUCAUGGUUCUGGGAGCUACGGCCGAGGAGGUGGGCAAGGUGAAGCAGGAGGAGGCAGAGGCGAGCAAAUGGAAGCAACCCCGGAACUACCAUCCUAGUAUGCUCCAAGGUACCAAGCCUCGUUCUACAGCCACAGCUUCAGCUCCGAACCCCUUCCACUCCAUUGCCCCACACGCCUCCCUGUCCCAAGAUUCCCCUCUUCACGCGCAAAUCACAGCCUACCUCAGCCGCUUAGCCCACGACCCAGGCAUAGUCCACAUCUGCUCCCUGCAUGGCUACACAGUAGGCCACUUGACUGAGCUCCUACCAUGGCAGAAUCCUGAGCUCCUAGGUCUCAACGAGAACAAGGGUCAAACAAUUCGUCUGCGAGUACGCACAGACGAUGCGGACGGUCUGAGGGACUACAAGACCACACGCACGGUACUGGUGCAUGAGCUGGCUCAUAUAGACGUCAGUGAUCAUCCUCCUGAGUUCAAGAUUCUCAACUCGAAGCUGAAUGCCGAGCUGGCUGCAUUCGAGAAGAAUGCGAAAGAGGGGAGACACAGCCUCGUUGAAGGAGAGAUGUAUGUCCCUGCAGAGAGUGGCUCGACAGGCGCAGGCGGUACACAGGGCGGGUCGUACGUCUUGGGUGGAGCAGGACUUCGAUCGGACGAGUCAAGUACGCAGGAGAGGCGGGAUGCUAUCCUUCAGGCAACCCUGAAACGGAUGGAGAAGCUUGAAGCUGAGAUCGAAGGCGGGUGUGGUUCGGGCUCGAGUGAGAGGCCAAAGCAAUAAGACCAGACACAGGGGGAGCAGGAUGACUUUGCAUAUGUACAAUAACAAUGAUACCCUCUGCUUGCUUCACACCUCGCAUCCCGCGAGAGUAAUGAGAUAGAUACCGCACUUUCC